CAAGGACUCUGAUUGGAUAAUGACCUUCUCGAUCGCUGAUUGGUUGGUUACAGAUGCGCUUGACGCCUUUACCUUGGUGUUUUCCCGCCGACAGCAGAAGCUGCUAGUGACGGCGAAAAAGCUGUUGCCACCAGUUUAUCGCAGGUGUAUUCACAUUUAGUGAAAGAUGGAACAGGAAAUUCCAUUUAAAAUUUUUCCUCUGCAAAGGAUAAGCAGCAGUCAUGUGUCUGCAGUUAAACCUCAGGCGGUGGUGGAAAAUACUUCAUUUUUUCAGAACCUAAAAUCUUCUCAUGGAAAUGAAAAUAAAAGCUACACGGCCAACAAUUCAGAUUGCAUAUCCCUAAAAGUUUCACCACUAACUGUUAUUGAAGAGGAGAACCCAGAAUCAAUCAGUCAGCUGUAUGUCAAACUGCACAGGGAAGCAGAAAAAAUUAAGAAGUGGAAAUCCAAUGUAGAGUUUGAAAUAAAAGAUCAAGAAACUAAAGUCCAAGAAAAAAGAAACAUUAUAGAUGCACAGAAAAGAGUUAUACAUGAAUUGCAAUUUGAAAAUGGACAAUUGAGAUUAGAGUUGGAAGAUGUGGUAAAUGAAAAUGAAGAUUUAGUAAAACAGAACAAUGCUACAAGACAUUUGUGUGGUAUCCUCAAAGAUACAUGUGACAGAGCUGCAGAAAAAGCUAAUAUGUAUGAAAAUGAAAUUGAUGACACAAGACACUAUUAUAAUGAUCUUAACAACAACAUUGAGCGAAUGAUAAUGGCCUUUGAAGAACUUCGUAUUCAAGCCGAGAACUCAAGACAAGAGUUGUACAACCAAAUAAAGCAAGACAAUGAAAAAAGACAGGAAAUGCAGAAGGACCACAACCUUCAAUGGGCCAGAUGCAAAAAGCAGGUGGACUCCUCAGACGUCCUACAAUAUUACCUGUACGAUCCCAAUGGAGGAUAUACCGAAUCAAAUCAAGUGGAUCUGGAUUACUUCCAGAUACUGGAACUGACACGGGACAGAGAAGACAACGAAAACAAAAUAUUGAAUUUGAACAUUCAACUGAAUGAAUCAACUAAUAGAAUCCAGGAGCUAAAUGAAGUUUCAGACAACUAUCAAAAAGAGUUGGAAAAACAUAAGAAGAAAGCAGAUGAAACAAUCCCCCAGCUAGAAGCCGCCAACUUGGCUUUGCAGAAUACUGAGAAUGCUCUAAAAAACAGUGAAAAAGAAUUGCUCAAAACACAAACAUUAUUAGCUGAAGGAACCAAAGAAAGACAUUUGAUUGCAAAAGAACUUGAAGAAACAAGAUCACAUGUUUUGCAGCUGUCAUCACUUCAGUCAAAAGUUGAUAAUUUGGCAGAAAAUCUCUCUACUCAACUAACAAAAUUAGAAGAAAGAGAGGCUCAAAUGGAAGCAUUCAAACUGGAAGUAAUGAACAAAUCUAACCAUCUUGAUGAAGUUAGAAAAGAAAAUGAAAUUCUUAAAAAAGAAAUAGAGCAGCUUCAAUCUGAAUUGGAGGAAUCCAGGAAAGUUGAAACGGAUUUAGAGAAGAAGGUUGCUGUGGAAAAAUCUGAAAGUAUAAUUUUAAAAAACAAAGUACAAGAUCUGCUUAUUAGUCAAGAAAAUCUUAAGGAACAAUUGCAUAGUAAUGUAAAGGAAAACACAAAUCUCAUGAAGUCCAUUGGUGAUUUAAAAGAGUUUCAAAUCCAGCUCCAGGAAAAACUAAGAAGCAGAGAGGAUGAAAUUAAUAAUCUAAAUAUAAAAAUGAAUACAUCAUCUGUUGAUAUAGAAAGGUAUUCUGACCAAAUCGAAGAGCUGAAGACUGAAGUAAGCCAGCGAGAGGAAAAGUAUCAAAAACUUAAAAUAGCUUAUGAAAAUAUUAUUACUGAAAAUGAAGCUAUGUCUAGAAAGAUUGAAGAGGGCAUAACAAAUAUUCAAAGAGAUUGCAAGGCAAGUAAACAGCAAAGAGAUCAGGCAGAAAAAAAAAUUGGAAACCUAGAACAAACAAUUGAGCAUUUAAGGAAGGAGAAUGAGUCAUUAAAAGAGCAACUGAAAGCAAAGGAUGAAGAAUUUAGCAUUCACUACAACGAUAAGAAAAAACUAUUUGAAAAUGAAUUUUUGAAAAAAGAAAAACAGCAGAAGACACUGGAAAACAAGUUGAGCACACUGAAGAAACAAGUUGAAAAUAAAAAUAAGACAAUUGAAGAACUACAACAGGAAAACAGAUCUUUAAAACGGAAAAUAAAGGAAGGAUGCCAGCAGUGUAGUGUUCUUGAAGCAGAGGUAAAUGAAUUACAAGCCCAGACUGAAAAUUCUAGGAUACAACAGGAGAGGGAUAUCAGCAGCAUGCAAUUGGAAAUUGCAAAUUCAAAGACAAAAGAAGAAACUUUGCAUCAAGAGGUUGAAAGAUUAAAGUUAUCAUCUGAGGAAGCAUUACGGCUACAAAGAGAAACUGAUAUCAAAUGUCAGCACAAGAUUGCAGAAAUGAUGGCCCUAAUGGAAAAACAUAAGCAUCAGUAUGAUAAACUGCUUGAACAAAAGGAUGCAGAAUUAGCUGGACUCAGAGUGAGAGAACAGGAAAUAGCUGCUGCCAGAGACUCACUGACUGAACUUUCACAAAAAAAUAAUGAAAUAGCUACACUCAGGAAACAUCUUCAGCAAGAAAAAGAGCAAAAGGAGAAAAAUAUCUUGAAAACAAGCAUGCAGCACAAGGAAGUUCAAGUUGUAAUUACAAACACUCCAAUCCAAUCAACCAAAAUUGGAGAUAUGCAGUAUUCUGCAUCAUCUGUCUUAAAGAAAACACCACUGAAGCAGGAAGGAAGAAUGUCAGAUAAUAAGAAUACAUUAGCAUGGUCCUCAUCUAAAAACAAGAGAGUUGUUCCAAAGACAUUUUCUGUGAAGACUCCACCAAAGUAUGAAAAUAUUACUGCAUAUUCACAAGAUUCAGAAAAGAAGAAAAGAAAAGUUGCCUUAGAAUUUGAUUUCCACUCAGACAGCUCAGAUCCCACAGACGUUUUGGGAAUAUGUGGAAAUGAAAGUAUGUUGAAAUCACUGUAUCAUCUUUCUCACUCAACUCCCAAUACCCAUACCAUACAUCCAAAAAAGAUUUUUACCGAAAGGUCCUUGAAAUCACCUGGUUCUGCCCUCAAAAGUUCAACUUCACUAAAAAGGAUGCGGGAAGCUGGCUGGGCUGCCAUAUCCAAAGUUGACAGAAGAAGAAAAAUGAAAGCUGCUGAAAAAAUAUUUAGUUAAAUAGUAAAUAUAGUUUAUAUUACUUUUUGUUUGCUUGUUUCCUUAUAUUUUCUAAGUUGUUGGGGAAUUAUAACUUAAAAUUGUACCUUAAUAUGUUAUAUUAUAGUAUAUAGUGUAAAAUGUUUUAUUUUGUAUUGCCUAUAUGUAACCUCUCUUAAAAAACUUAAGUAAACUUUGUAAGUACUAGCUUUAAAAAGGACAUGCGAUCUUUCUUGACCUGCCUGUUUCAGUAAAUAACUGUAUUCCCAAUGAGAUUACAUGUACAUGUCAGACAAUGUAGGAACACACCACCUGCUGGUAACACCCAGUUGAAAAUUAAGCCAUACAUUUCUAGUGAUCAUUUAAGAAAAAUGCAAAAACACAGUUAGAAGGCUAGAUUUAUACUGCGUUUUGCUUCUCCAUCAGGGGUAACCUUCAGCAUCCUGCUGAAGCAGGUCAGGAGAGGCCAUGCAUUUUCUCGAUAGGAUUCAGAACAAGUUGCUGCAUUUUCUCCAGAAAUUGCACUACUCAUGUCUAUAAACUAUGUCUAGUGGUGGAGCUCACUGUUUAAAUGAAUAAGGCUCAAAGGGGGUAUUCCAUUGUUGCAAAAUAAUUCUAUAUUUUUUGGGCUGUAGAGAAACAAACAAAAAAAAAGCUAUAUUUACCUACAUCCAGUCUUAUGCUGGUCCCACUGCAGCUCCUGAUCAGCUCCUAAUGGCCCCAGCCACUCAUAUAUUUUGCCUGCUUCCAAGAUAAAAGCUGAGCGCAGGAGAUAACUGCUCAGGUAAUCACUGGUUCAGAUGGAACAUGGCUUUGGCUGACUGAGUUGGUCAAUCCAACUUUAAAGCUCUUGUUGCAGAAGCAGGCAGAAAAGGCAAGUGGCAGUCGACUGGACAAAGACGAACAGGGGCUGAAGUGGGAUCAAUUAAAGACAGUGGGUAGGUAAGUAUAACCUUUUUUGGUUUCUCUUCUGCCACAGCAUAUGUAGAUAUUUUUUGGCCACAUUGGAAUACCUCUUUAAAGAGAAACCGACAGCUAGUUCACUUGCAAUAAACCCAAUAUACUAGUGCGGGUGAAUAGCUGUAAAAAGAGAGGUUACUUACAAAAUUACAUGAAAUAUUUCCGGAGUUCUGCUCCUGUGCGCAAUGGAGGCAGGAAGCCAGUUCCCUGCAGCCUCCAAAUUUACAGCCCGGACCAUAAAUAUGCACCUGCUGGUGGGGGUGAGCGCUGCAGCCUUGCUACAGCCAGAAGGCAUCGGUGCCAGCGCUCUGCUCAGAGAGCAAAGGGCUCACCCCCACUAUAUCCAGUAUAUUGAGUUUAGUGCUGGGAAACAAGUAGUCAGUAUGUUUUUUUUUAACUGUACAACCAAACACAAUGCAUAGUAGACAGAUUUGUUCUCUUUUUGUUGUUGAGCAUGAGAAACAAUUUUAAAUUUGUUACAUUUAUCUAAUAGCAAUGCAUUUAUAUGUAUAGUUUACAUGGUGCUAAUAAAACAGUUAUUGCA